AUGGAUACUGAGGAACAGCCAUUAGUUAGUGCAGGAAAUGUAGAAACGGGUGCAUUAAGCAGUACAAGUACUCUCUUUGAGGAUAUACCAUGCGAAAAUGUGGGGGCAGGGACACAGGAAGUGAUGCCGCCGCCCACCAGUGCUCAAGGAGAGGUAGAUAAAGAAAUUACACCACCUCCAGAAAAGCAGGAACCAGAGAGUGGUAAUCUGCCUGGUGGAUAUUCACUUCAGGCGAUAUUAGAGCGCGUGCUGCAUUACCAGGCAAAAUUUGCACAACAACAAGCUGAAAAAGACGAAAAAAUUGAGAUCUUUCUUGCACAGCAGGCUGAGCGAGAUCGCCAGCAGGCUGAGCGAGAUCGCCAGCAAGCUGAGCGAGAUCGCCAGUUAGCAGAAAAUUUACUUGCCCAGCAAGCUGAGCGAGAUCGCCAAUUAACAGAAAAUUUACUUGCCCAGCAGGCUGAGAGGGAUCGCCAGCAAGCGGAGCGAGAUCGCCAGCAAGCUGAGCGGGACCAGCAACUUGUGCAAUCGUUAGAACAUAUGAAAAAAGAGAUUGCCUGUAUGAAACAGAAUUAUGAGUCGAUACCUAAGGCCGUGCAGGAGUUGACUGAACAGGUCAACAACCUGCAAGUAGCAAACACUAACAUGGUAGAUGAAAUAGGUGUCUUAGCCAACCGAUUAGAAAAGCUGGAAGUAGAUUCCACACAGCUUGUAGAGCAGAAGUGGAACGAACAAGCAACUAAAAUUGAAACUGAAUUCAACUCAUGGCUAGAAGUGAAGGAGAGUUGCGAGAGGCAGCUGGAAGCGAACGGCGACAGUGAGCUGGUCGGCUCCAGCGUAUUGAAUAGCUGCCGCCUGCGUGGUUUCAACGCCCGCCGGCCUCUGCGCCAUCAGGGUCUCGGCAUCUGGGUCUCUGGCACGCGCUGCCUCUUCCCACAACGAGACGUAGCCAAGGGCCGUAGCGUGCUGUCGGGUGUUGCGUGA